CGACCUGAAGAAAUGAGCAGUUCAGGGCGGUAACGCCAGCCUUUUCAUGCCUUCUGCCAUUACGAGUCUUCGUUCGAAACAAGCUGUUGCGUUAAUCUGGGGUUGGUGAAUUGGAAUUGGAAGUUGGAGGAUACGGUUUUGAAUCUAGCAGGCUAGUACUGCGGUGUACUCUCUCAAACGAAGGAAGAUUGGGAAGAUGAAGGACGUAUUCUCGUCAUUCGGAACCGGGAGCGACUGGACCACAGUCGUUCCGGCCGGAACGACGGAGCCAUCAGGGACAAGAGCAGCCGAAUGCUUGUCAGACGAGGUGAGGAGGAUGAGAUUGGUGAACGAGGCAAGAGUCGAUACCUUCGUCUUCGAUGACGAGUUCCGCAAUUACCUAGUGCUAGACGAUAGUCGCGGGACCCUGUCGUCUGUAGCGCAAGGACAACUCUUUAGCGGAUGGCGGCCAGAGAAGUUGAGAGCCAGCAGAGGUGAGGGGCAGCGAGUUGAAAUUCGGUACGGUUUGAAGGCUGUGAAACUUUUUUUGGACAGGCAUUGCCUGUGCAAAUUAGAGAAGGCAGGGGGUAGUGGUUACCUCGUAAUCGUCCAUCGCUCCGUUUGGAGCAAAGCCUUGGAUCAUUGGAUCCUUGGUGAGAUCCUGGCGGCAAGUACCAAGGUUAGAGGAUGCAGGCGCAGUAUUGCCGAAGUAAGUAAGGAAGAACUUGAGAGUGCUAAGGAGGAGAGCGCAAAGGAAGCUAGAUUAAGAACAGAUGAACAUAGAUGCGGCUUCUUGGGUUUUGGAAUUGCGCUAAGCUUGGCAGGGAUGUUUCCCGAGAAUGGAGAUCUCUUCCCAAUACUCGUAGGCUUGCUGGAUCCGCACGGGAUGGCUGAAAACGUGGCAAGCCUGAAAUGGAGUGUGGAGCAAAUUUCUCGAGAUCCGAACGAAGCGCAAAGGAAGGCCUUGCAGCUAGAUACGCUGUACAGGUUCGGGGAGGAGGCCUGGAUCAUGAGCAUAGUCAGUGAAAGAGCGGGAGUCGAUGAAAGCGAAUUCAGGAGCACAUUUGUCAAAGGGGGAGGAAAAUGUUGGGGAUUGCAAGCCAGAAAGAGCGGAGUCUGCUUAGUAAGAGAAGAAGCCAUCAUGCCGCUUUACUUCCCUCUCGCGUUUUGGAGGAGAGGAGAACCGGAAGAGGAUUCUGAGUCGUCCUCCUCUGAGCAAGAACUUGCGGACCGGGAAUAGAUUCAUUGCGAGGUAAAUCAUCAAUCGAGCAGCAAGGACUGAGCUAUCAAGAAGGCUUAAUUACUAGGACGGCUACCUUGCUGUGAAUUC